AGAUUUUAAGUUUUUUUUUUUAAUCUUAAAAUGCAUAAAUAUUUUGGGCGGGAAGUUUGAAAUGUAAGCAUCAAAAAAAUUUUACGAUAUAUUUAUCAAAUGGCUAAUUUUAAAUUUAGUGCAUGCAUUGCUUUUUUUAUUUUUUUGGGGAAUAUUAAGACAAUUUUUAUUUAUGUUGUGUAUCACGAACUAACCAUAACUUCCUUUCUUUUGUCAUUAUCUCACGUGAAUUCAAAAUAUAUUAUUAAGAACGCGUUUUUUAAUCUAACGUCAGAUUUUAUAAUAUAUUUUAUAUGUGAAAUAAAUAUGAAUUUAAUAUUAUGAAAAGAACAUGAGGAAUUCAUUUAUUUUAAUAUUAUUAUUCUGAUCAAAUUUCC